AUGGGGAAAAAAAAAAAAGUUGGAAAAGAAAGAAUAGAUAAAUAUUAUAAGCUUGCCAAAUCGGCAGGAUAUAGAGCUAGAUCAGCAUUUAAAUUAAUCCAAAUUGCUAGGAAAUAUAAUAUAUUUAAAAAUGCAAAUAUAUUAAUAGAUUUAUGUGCAGCCCCAGGAGGGUGGUUACAAGUAGCUUAUAAAAAUAUGAAUAAAAAUAGCACAAUAAUAGGUGUCGAUUUAGUACCUAUUCGUAAAAUUGAUAAUAAUGUAAUUACUAUAAAAAGUGAUAUAACUUCAGCUGAAUGCAUAAAAAAAAUUAAAGAUAUAAUAAAAUACGAAAAAGCAGAUGUUAUAUUAAAUGAUGGGGCCCCAAAUGUUGGUACAACAUAUUCAUAUGAUAGUUUUAAUCAAAAUAUUUUAGUACUUAGUAGCAUUAAAUUGGCUUAUAAAUUUUUAACAAAAGGAGGUAUAUUUAUUACUAAAGUAUUUAGAAAUGAAGAAUAUGUAUCUUUGAUUUGGGUUUUAGAAAAAUUAUUUGGAGAAGUUAAACAUAUAAAACCAAGAAGCAGCAGAGAAAUAUCGUCUGAAAUAUAUUUAAUAGGUCUUAACUUUUUAGGAAAUAAAAUUGAUAAAAAAUAUUUUGAUUUUACAUAUAUAUUUAGUAAUCAAUUUAGAAAAGAUGAAAAUAAAUUAUCUAAUAUUCAUUCAAAAAACGAAACAGAAGAAGAUUCCGAAAAUGAUAUUAGUGGAAAUGAUACUGAUAAUAAUACUUCUAAACAUAAAACAAAAAAAAAAAAAGGAUUAAAUACAAUUUUAAAAGAAAAAAAGAAAAAAAAUAGACAAGGAUAUGAAGAAGGAGAUGAUUAUAGAACAGCAGAUAUAUCUGAUUUUAUAAAUAGCGACAAUUAUGUUGAUUUAUUAAUAAAAAGUAAUAAAUUUAUUUUUGAUAAAAAUUAUGAAAAAUCGUUAGACUUAUUAAUAAAAAAUACUUAUGAAGCUAUCUAUACAAAUAAAUCCACUAAUAAUGAAAUUUUUAAUCUUUGUAAAGAUCUUAAAGUUUUGGGAAAAUCAGAUCUUUUUAAUUUGAUAAAAUGGAGAUAUAAAAUUAAAAAAUCUGUCAUGAAAAUGUUAACAAGUAAUGAAGAAAAAACAAAACAACUCGUAAACAACGAUGACGAAAAUACAAAUCAAACUACUUUUGAAAUUAGUAAAGAAGAGAACCCAAUAAAUGCAGAAACAAUUAACACAAAAUCGACAGUUUGUGAAGACAAUUUAGAGGAAUUGAGUAAUUCAUCAAAUGAAGGGUCAGAAAAUGAAAGCAUAAAUGAAUUUUCGAAAUACAUUGAAAAAAAAGAAAAAAAAGAAAAAAAAAAAAAAGAAAAAAAAUUAAAAAAAGAGCUUGAAAAAAAAAAAAUAAAUAAACCUCUUAAAAUAGAUUAUGAUGAAAAUGAUAUACAUUUUAACAAAGAUAUGUUAAAUUUAUUGAACAAACAAAAUUUUAAAGAUCAUCUAAAUAUACUAAAUAAUAACAAAAAUAAUAAUAACCUUCAUAUUAGUGAAGAUGAUUUUUCAGCUAGCGAUGAAGAAAAUCGUGAAAAUUUUGAAGACCAAAAUAAUGACAAUGACGAAUUAGAAAGACUAGAAUAUUUAGUUGACUUAGAUUAUAAACAACAAAAAAUUAAAGAAAAUAAAAAAAAAAAUGAAAAUAAAGAUGAAAAAUCAACAAGAAGGAAAAGAGCAAUGGAUUAUAAAAAUGAAGAAUUGAUGAAAAUCCAAAAAAUUAUGGAACUUAAAAAUGAAGAAUUAAUGAUGAAAAAAAAAUUAAAUGAAUAUCUUAGCGAUGAUGAAGCUACUGAAAGUAAUGCAAGCGACUCAUUUGAUGAAGACAACAUGAAAGGAAAUGAUAAUGUAGAGACAGAUCAAGAUAUUCAAAAUAAUAAAUAUGAAGAUGUAUUAAACCAAAAUAAACAUAUUAAAAAAAUAGUUGAUAAAAUAAUAAUGAUAAGAAAGAAUCUUAAAGAGAGGGAACCAGAAGAUGAAUCACAAACUGGUACAAGUAGAUUUUUUGAUCAAAAAAUAUUCUCUAAUAUAUUUAACCAGUUAAAUAAUGAUGAAGAAGGUGAAGAUGAAAACAGCGAAAACGAUAUAAAAGAAAUAAAUGCAAAAAGCCUCCCAAAAAUACCUUUACCUGCAAAAUUAGCCAAAAAAGAGAAAAACAAAAAAUUAAGGGAAAAAUACGGAAACAACGAAACAAAGAUAAAAAAUGCAUCUUUUUCUAUAGUAAAAACAGACACAAACAAUUCUGAGAAUGUUAAUGAAUAUUUUUCAAAUUUAAUUAAAGAUGACGAUGAAUUAGCAUUUAUAAAAUAUGUAGGCGAAAAAUUAAUUCAUAAAAAAAGUAGAAUGGAUCUAAUUGAUGAUUCUUUUAAUAGGCACUCUUAUCUUGAAGAUGAAAAUACAUUACCUGAUUGGUUUGUCGAAGACGAAAAAAAAUAUAGAAAACCUGUUAUACCAAUAGAUAAAACUGUACUAGAUCAAUAUAAAAAUAAAAUUAAUAGAAUAACAAAAAUGCCUAUUAAAAAGGUAAUUGAAGCUAAAAUGAGAAACAAAAAGCGAGAAAUUACAAAAAUGAAAAAAUUAGAGGCAAAAAUUGGAAAAAUUGAAAAAGAUGAAGAUGACCCUUUCUUAAAACAAAGAGCUAUAGCAAAUGUAUUGAAAAAGAACAAAUCGGAAAAAAAACGAGAAAAAUCAUAUGUUGUGUGCACUGGAAAAGGAUCUAAGAUGGCAAAGAAAAACAAAAAGGGCGGAAAAACGAUGGUUAAGUUUGUUGAUAAGAGACUUAAAAAGGAUAAGAAAGCUAAAAAGCGGAUCGAAAAAAAGAAAAAAAAUAUAUCAAGAGUUAAAUACUCAAAAUCAAGACCAUUUAAAUUUAAAAAAAAUUUUUAA